AAUAGCCACUAACGAUAUAAUAUUCUCAUAAUGGUCACCCUAAAAUCAUUAUUCAAAGCGUAGCGCUAGAAAAACGAUCUUAGCUUAAAAAUGUUGAAUACCCAAAUAAUUAUGGAACAGAUGCGAUACCAUCCCAUCGUGGCCACUAUUAGCAUAGGAGUCAGCACUGUCCUGGCAUCCGAAGUAAUAUGGAAGGUGGUCCAGUACUUUCGGAGCAAACGAGAGCGCGCGAACCGCGUGCACGAAGUGGUCGUCUUCAAUGAACUGGGCGAAAUAUGUGCGGCGCAGCACCUGCGGAGCACCAGGCCAGGAUCCCAGGAGCCGAAGGUGUCCCACUGCUGGAACACGCAUUGCACGCUGCGAAACGUGGGCAAGAUUGCGGAGCAGAUCGACCGGGCUGUGUACUCCAUUGAUCUGGCCAUCUACACCUUCUCCUCGUUUCUUUUGGCGGACGCACUUAAGCGGGCCCUGCAGCGCGACGUGAGUAUCCGAAUCAUCAGCGACGGUGAGAUGGUCUACUCCAGUGGUUCUCAAACUACUGUGCUGGCGCGCUUGGGAGUUCCGGUCCGAGUGCCCAUUACCACGUACAUGAUGCACAACAAGUUCUGCGUAAUCGACGGUGUGGAGCGCGUUGAGGAAAUCCGUCUGCUUAGGAAGCGCAAGUGGAUGCGUCCGUGCUAUAGCAUCGUAGUCAGCGGCUCCGUCAACUGGACGCGUCAGGGCCUGGGAGGCAAUUGGGAGAACUGCAUUAUCACCGCGGACGAGAAGCUUACAGCCAUGUUUCAGGCGGAAUUCAAUCGGAUGUGGAAGGCUUUUGAGAAGACCGGGGAGAGCCUAAUACAGCACAAAUAGAAAUCAAUAGUUUUAAAGUAUGACAGCAACUUUGUGCCAAACUACCUGUAAGUUUCUCAAUAUACCAAAUAGUUAGUUUUUAUUUUGUAAGUGCCUCCUAUUAAACUAAUACUCUGUAAGGCAAUUAUGAUCUUCACGCAAAAACG